UUCAGCCCUGCUGGGGGCAGGGGAGGACUAAGAUGUGGGCAUAUACGUUGACUUCAACUCAGUGAGGACUAUAACUUCAGUACCUUGGCCCAGAGCAGGUAGUACUAAGUUUCUGCUGGGGCCUGGUACUGGAUUCUCCUUCUUUUCCCAAGAAAUCGGCUGCAUGAAGACAAGAUAACUUUUGGGGACAGCCAACCUCCUCUCCUCCCCUCCUCUUCUUCACUUAUUCCCACAAAGAUUCUGCAUGUCUAAUAUUUAGACAUGUUCAGCUUUGUGGAUUCAAGGACACUAGUGCUGUUCGCAGCCACCCAAGUCAUAUUAUUAGCGCUUGUACGAUGCCAAGAUCAAGAUAUUCUGGAUGCGGGGAGCUGCGUGCAGGAUGGGCAGAAGUAUAGUGACAAAGAUGUGUGGAAACCAGAACCCUGUCAAAUCUGUGUCUGUGACACUGGGACUAUUCUCUGCGACGAGAUAAUCUGCGAGGACACUAAAGACUGCCCAAAUGCUGAGAUCCCCUUUGGAGAGUGCUGCCCCAUCUGCCCAACUGAACAGUCCUCCACCACCAGUGGGCAAGGUGGGCUAAAGGGACAAAAAGGCGAACCUGGUGAUAUUAAAGAUGUUUUAGGACCAAGAGGACCUCCAGGACCACAGGGACCAUUUGGUGAACAAGGGCCAAGAGGUGAUCGUGGAGAUAAGGGUGACAAAGGUGCUCCCGGACCCCGUGGAAGAGAUGGUGAACCUGGUACACCUGGAAACCCAGGACCCCCUGGCCCACCCGGACCUCCCGGCCUUGGCGGAAACUUUGCUGCUCAGAUGACUGGAGGUUUUGAUGAAAAAGCUGGAGGCGCACAAAUGGGUGUUAUGCAAGGACCAAUGGGCCCUAUGGGACCCAGAGGACCUCCUGGACCAUCAGGCUCACCUGGACCUCAAGGUUUCCAAGGAAAUCCUGGUGAGCCCGGAGAACCUGGUGCUGGUGGUCCUAUGGGUGCUCGUGGUCCUCCUGGCCCUGCUGGAAAGCCUGGCGAUGAUGGUGAAGCUGGAAAACCUGGCAAAUCUGGCGAACGCGGACCACCAGGACCACAGGGUGCUCGAGGAUUUCCCGGAACUCCUGGACUUCCUGGAGUAAAAGGACACAGGGGUUACCCAGGUCUUGAUGGCACAAAGGGUGAGGCUGGUGCUGCUGGUGUCAAGGGUGAAAGUGGUGCUUCUGGUGAGGCUGGUGCUCCUGGGCCAAUGGGUCCCCGUGGUCUCCCUGGUGAGAGAGGUCGUCCCGGUCCUUCUGGUUCUGCUGGGGCUCGUGGUAAUGAUGGUCUUCCAGGUCCAGCUGGUCCUCCAGGACCUGUUGGCCCAGCUGGUGCUCCUGGUUUCCCUGGUUCCCCUGGCUCUAAGGGUGAAGCUGGUCCCACUGGUGCUCGUGGUCCUGAGGGUGCUCAGGGGUCUCGGGGAGAAUCUGGAACACCUGGGUCACCUGGACCUUCUGGCGCUUCUGGUAAUCCUGGUACUGAUGGUAUUCCUGGAGCUAAAGGUUCAAGUGGUGCUCCUGGUAUUGCUGGCGCUCCUGGUUUCCCCGGCCCACGUGGCCCACCUGGUCCACAGGGUGCCACUGGUCCUCUUGGUCCCAAAGGUCAGACGGGUGACCCAGGUAUUGCAGGUUUCAAGGGUGAACAAGGUCCCAAGGGUGAAAUUGGACCUUCAGGUCCUCAGGGAGCUCCUGGCCCAGCUGGUGAAGAAGGUAAAAGAGGUACCCGUGGUGAGCCUGGCGCUGCUGGUCCACUUGGUCCUCCUGGUGAAAGAGGUGCUCCUGGUAACCGUGGUUUCCCUGGUCAAGAUGGUCUUGCCGGACCAAAGGGAGCUCCUGGUGAUCGUGGUGUUCCUGGUCUUGGUGGUCCCAAGGGUGCUAAUGGUGAUCCCGGCCGCCCUGGUGAACCUGGUCUCCCUGGUGCUAGAGGUCUCACUGGUCGCCCUGGAGAUGCUGGUCCUCAAGGAAAAGUUGGUCCAACUGGUGCUGCUGGUGAAGAUGGUCGUCCCGGACCUCCUGGACCUCAGGGUGCUCGUGGUCAACCUGGAGUCAUGGGUUUCCCAGGACCUAAGGGUGCCAAUGGUGAAGCUGGCAAGCCUGGUGAGAAAGGAUUGGUUGGUGCUCCUGGUCUGAGAGGUCUGCCUGGAAAAGAUGGGGAAACUGGUUCCCAAGGUCCCAAUGGCCCCGCUGGUCCUGCUGGUGAGAGAGGUGAACAAGGACCUCCUGGUCCAUCUGGCUUCCAGGGACUUCCCGGCCCCCCAGGUCCUCCCGGCGAGGGUGGCAAACCAGGAGACAUGGGUGUUCCAGGAGAAGCUGGUGCUGCAGGUCUUGUUGGACCAAGAGGUGAACGUGGUUUCCCAGGUGAACGUGGCUCAUCAGGUCCUCAAGGUCUCCAAGGUCCACGUGGUAUUCCUGGUACUCCAGGUACUGAUGGCCCUAAGGGUGCUGGUGGCCCAUCUGGUCCUAAUGGUGCCCAAGGUCCUCCUGGUCUUCAAGGCAUGCCUGGUGAGAGAGGAACUUCAGGUAUCCCUGGAGCUAAAGGUGACAGAGGUGACUCUGGUGAGAAAGGACCAGAAGGUGCUCCUGGAAAAGAUGGUGCAAGAGGUUUGACUGGUCCUAUUGGUCCACAUGGUCCAAGUGGUCCUAAUGGAGAGAAAGGAGAAUCUGGUCCUCCUGGCCCAUCUGGCAUUGUUGGCGCCCGUGGUGCUCCUGGUGAUCGCGGAGAGACUGGCCCACCUGGUCCUGCUGGUUUUGCUGGUCCACCUGGUGGUGAUGGUCAACCUGGCAUUAAGGGUGAGCAGGGUGAGUCUGGUCAGAAGGGUGAUGCUGGUGCUCCUGGUCCUCAAGGUUCAUCGGGUGCUCCUGGCCCUCAGGGCCCAACUGGUGUUAAUGGUCCUAAAGGAGCUCGUGGUGCCCAAGGUCCAGCUGGUGCUACUGGAUUCCCUGGUGCUGCCGGCAGGGUUGGUCCUCCUGGUUCCAAUGGAAACCCUGGUCCUCCUGGUCCUCCUGGAUCUGCUGGUAAAGAUGGACCAAAGGGUGUUCGUGGUGAUGGUGGCCCUGCUGGUCGUGCUGGUGACCCAGGUCUUCAAGGUCCCUCUGGUCCUCCUGGCGAGAAGGGAGAGCCUGGUGAAGAUGGUACUUCUGGUCCUGAUGGUCCCCCUGGUCCUCAAGGCUUGUCUGGACAGCGUGGUAUUGUUGGUCUUCCUGGUCAGCGUGGUGAGAGAGGUUUCCCUGGCCUUCCAGGACCCUCUGGUGAGCCUGGAAAACAAGGAAGCCCUGGAGGUGCUGGUGACCGUGGACCCCCUGGCCCUGUUGGCCCACCUGGUUUGACUGGACCUUCUGGAGAGCCUGGACGUGAAGGAAACCCUGGAAGUGAUGGUCCUCCUGGUCGCGAUGGUUCCACCGGUGUGAAGGGUGACCGUGGUGAGACUGGGCCUCUUGGUGCACCUGGUGCCCCUGGCUCUCCUGGUGCCCCUGGCCCUGUUGGCCCAACUGGAAAACAAGGAGAUAGAGGUGAAUCUGGUCCACAAGGUCCUUUGGGUCCAUCUGGUCCAGCUGGAGCUCGUGGUCUGGCAGGUCCUCAAGGUCCACGUGGUGAUAAGGGUGAGGCUGGUGAAUCAGGAGAGAGAGGACAGAAGGGUCACAGAGGAUUCACUGGUCUUCAGGGUCUGCCCGGACCUCCAGGUACUGCUGGUGAUCAAGGUGCUACCGGUCCCGCUGGUCCUUCUGGCCCAAGAGGUCCUCCUGGGCCUGUUGGUCCCUCUGGCAAAGAUGGUUCUAAUGGUCUGCCUGGUCCAAUUGGUCCACCUGGUCCUCGUGGUCGUGGUGGUGAAACUGGUCCAGCUGGUCCUCCUGGUCAACCUGGUCCACCUGGUCCCCCUGGUCCUCCCGGCCCUGGCAUUGACAUGUCUGCAUUUGCUGGCCUAUCCCAGCCAGAGAAAGGACCAGAUCCUCUCCGUUACAUGCGUGCCGAUCAGGCUUCCGCAAACCUCCGCCAGCAUGAUGUUGAGGUUGAUGCCACUUUGAAAUCACUGAACAACCAGAUCGAGAGCAUCCGUAGUCCAGAUGGAAGCAAGAAAAACCCAGCUCGUACUUGCCGUGACCUGAAACUGUGCCACCCUGAAUGGAAGAGUGGUGACUACUGGAUUGACCCCAACCAGGGCUGUACUGUGGAUGCCAUCAAAGUCUUCUGCAACAUGGAAACUGGAGAAACAUGUGUAUACCCCAACCCAAGCAAGAUCCCAAGAAAGAACUGGUGGACAAGCAAGACCAAGGACAAGAAGCACAUCUGGUUUGGAGAGACAAUCAACGGUGGCUUCCAAUUCAGUUAUGGUGAUGACAGCUCAGCACCCAACACUGCCAGCAUUCAAAUGACCUUCCUCCGCCUGCUGUCUACGGACGCAUCACAGAACAUCACCUACCACUGCAAGAACAGCAUUGCUUUCAUAGAUGAGGCAUCAGGCAACCUGAAAAAAGCUCUCCUUCUCCAGGGCUCAAAUGAUGUUGAGAUCAGAGCUGAGGGCAACAGCCGAUUCACAUACAACGCCUUGGAAGAUGGCUGCAAGAAACACACUGGCAAAUGGGGAAAGACAGUUAUUGAAUACAGGACACAGAAAACUUCCCGCCUGCCCAUCGUAGACAUUGCACCUAUGGAUAUUGGUGGAGCUGAUCAGGAAUUUGGCGUUGACAUUGGCCCAGUUUGCUUCUUGUAAAAACCCAAAAAGUAAAUAAAAAAUAAAUAAAAACCCUAAGGACCUGAGUACUUUCCAAUCACUUUUAGGACUUCUGCACUGAAUGGCUGAACCGACCCCAAAUUUCCAUUCAUCCACGCGCUUACAUUUUGGACAUUUUCAUUUUCUAUUGCAAGACCAGAAAUGGGCAGACUGCGGAAUAAAAUCAUGGUAUUAUUUAUUUAUUGUCUUCCUGUAAGACCUAUGGGUCAGGUGAAGGUGUGACACUAACUGGCAUGAUUGAAAGCCCCCCCCCUAACCGAUGUAUGAAGUGCAGUUUAAAGCAACCCUCCCCCCUCACAGUGUAUACCAGCAGACUACCAGACUGCGUGUCAUUGAAUGAAAUGGUGCUAUGUUGUAAAAAAGUUUGUAUUUUGUAACAUCAACUGAUAUAAAAAUAACUUUUUUUGGAAAGUACAAGUUGAUCUGAGCUUUGUUCUUUUUACUUUUUUAUUUUUAAUUAUACUGUAGAUAGCAAAAAAUGAAAAGUUCCCGGAUUUAAAGUUUGUCUGCCCUUUGUUUGUUUUUUUUGUUUUUAUUUCCAAUAUGAGAUGGAGGAAGUUUAGGGCAAAAUCUAAAACUUCCCAGGUUUAAGCUACCUCACACUAAGUAUAAAAAGAAAACUAGAGAGACACGAGUUUAAUCUUGAAGCUGAACUAAACACACAGUAGGAACUGUGGAUGGAGAUAUCAUGGGUCGUUAUGUCAAGAAAAAAAAGUGCUUACCUUGCACUUCUAUGUUCUCCACUUAGUAGAAGACUAAGAAAUGGAUCAAAGAUCGAGGCUCAUGGGGAAUCAGUGGAGUAGAUAAUGGUGACUUAAGUGUUGCUGUUUUGUGGUGGAAUGUGGACAAUGCCAAAGUUUAGCAGCUAGAGUCAAUAAAAUCAGUAUUGUAAUAGGCAAGUGGAUGAUUUAUACUGUUCAGGUCAAAGCCAUUCAAAAUAAUUACUCUGUUGUUUUCCCAACUAUGUAUGUGAAUUGUUGAUCCUUUAAUUUUUCCCUAGAAAUAUAAGUAUCUCUAACUUUUACUUUGCAGAGUUUUAAAGGGAAAAACAGGUAGACAUUUUUUGCCAGAGGGGGUGGGGGGAAGAGGGAGCAAAACCAUAACGGAUUAAAAAUAAAAUAAAUAAGAAUAUGUACUAUUUUGUAUAUGUAAAAUAGAUAUUUUUUUUAUUUUGCAAUACUGAUUUUCAGCAUGGUAGGCUAGUGAACAUGUCCAACACCAACACUAAUCUUUCUUGUGAAAUAAUUGUCUUACUGUAUCUUUUUCUUUCAUUUUCCCAUCCCGCCUACUCUUCCGCAAUAAAGAUAGAAAGCUUUUUCUAUAAAAAAUAAAACCCGUUUUGUUUGAUUUUUUUUAUUUGUAUUAAAGUCCAUCCUAUGAUGUAAUCUUUGUUGAAUGAUGUUAAUCUUAUCUGGGAUAUUUCAUGACAGAACGAACCAACACAAAUAAAAAUUUUAAUUAUAAAAAAUUAA